CUCAUCCACUUCUCUCUCCUUCCUCUCCUUGGGAACCAGGUGCACCUCUGGCCCUGAGACAUGUCCUGCUACAAUCCGUGCAUGCCCUGCCUGCCCUGCCAGCCCUGCGGCCCGACCCCGCUGGCCAACAGCUGCAAUGAGCCCUGUGUCAGGCAGUGCCAGGACUCCACCGUCGUCAUUGAGCCCCCACCCGUGGUGGUGACCCUGCCCGGCCCCAUCCUCAGCUCCUUCCCGCAGAGCACCGCCGUGGGCUCCUCCACCUCCGCUGCCGUUGGCAGCAUCCUCAGCUCUGAGGGAGUGCCCAUCUCCUCCGGGGGCUUUGGCCUCUCCGGCUUGGGCAGCCGCCUCUGCGGCAGGAGGUGCCUCCCCUGCUAA